CGACUUACGCGCGGUUCGGAAGUGCCGCGCCAUCCAACACAAUGGAGGUGGCAGAAGCAGAAUUGUUCCAGAGGUUGACGGAGUUGCACCUGAGCGUCCUUGAAGAGCAACUCAAGACUUUCCAUGAGCAGGUUGAAUGCUGCAUUGGCGUCGCUGGCGUCCACCCCAUCACACACGAGCGUGCAACGUCCGUGUGCAUCGAACCGGCCACCAACUGGGCAACGUACUCUCGAACAAGUCCAGGGGCGGCGCCAUCGGAUGCCGCCGUGGAUAUCAUUCACAAAAUGUGUCACAAAGGAGGGUACUUCCCGUCCAAACUUCUCAUGGAGGCAGCGUUCAAAGAAGCAGCGCGAACAGAAUUCGCUGUACGACUCACAACUUAAUGGAUCUGAUAUGCUUCUGCAGGUCAAAGACAAGGUUCAGUUUGCAUUCAUCUUGCUGAGGACACUCGACAAGCGGAAAGCGAUGAAGCAUGAAGACUUUCGCGGGGUCCGCAGCUUGUACGACGAUAAGAUCAGUCUCCUCCUGGACUGGACGAAGCAGAGUGCGCCAUACCUGCACGUGGACAGCCGCGAACAGAGUCUGGUGCAGUUACUCUUGCACAUCGUGACGAAGCACCCGCCCUCGAAGCAAGCCACGAAGGAGCACGUCGCGGCCACCUUACGCGAAGUGCAAAGUCAGGCUAAGGCGGAAGCAACCUCGACAACACAGCGCGUGACGGCCGACGGGACGGACGAGCUGCAGGAGAUCCUUCAACACGUGGCGUUCAGGCGGAAAGAGACCAAGAAUUAUUCCGUGUACAUCACGAUCUUCCGAGCGAACGGGGGAACUUUUUGCCAGAAGAAGACGCAACUCGAAUGCGCGCAAACAAUUUUGAAGCGCAUCCAGGCAGACGGAUUCAACUGGCGGCACAAGCUUGUGCUCAAUUUUGACAAAGGCUACGACAGUGUCAACGUCCCCGACACCACAUAGCGUUUUAGUUAACUCAACACUGUUACUGUUAUCUGACCAAACAUUCAAUCCCAUGGAGCUGACCCGAACGAGUACGGCUCGGCAUGG